AUGGAGACUGCCUUUGACAUAAAGGAGACUAACGAACAGCAGGCCAAUGUUCCGAAACGACGCGGCACAACGGCCCGGGCCAGUCGAGUUGCCCGAGAUAAGAAGAAAGUUCAAAACAAAGCCGCCCAGAGAAGCUUUCGAGAGAAAAAAGAGGUCCAUUUACAUUAUCUAGAGUCUUUUGUUGAGGCUGUCAAGUCAACACAGAAUGAUAAUGAUGACGGCAAGCAGCGACUUUUACGAGCCCAUUUACAGCUACUUGAAGACUACCGACGACUUCACGAGUCAUUCAUCAAACUUCGCCAAAAGUCACAAAGCAUCGGCCAGUCCGCUCUGACUGCUGCUGAUGAUGAUUCGUUUAACGAAGUGGAACGGGCGGUGGAAAAAUACAACGAUAACACGACCGGGGUCCAGGCGAAUGUAGAGUUGCCUGCUCAUACUGAUAGUCCAAUGGACGCCACCCAGAGCAACUCUUUGGCCAAUCAACCACUGGACACACCCUUUGCAGGACUAGAGAUAGCGAGUGGUAACCAUCCUAUGAUUGACCAACCAGGAAGUCCUAAUUCGUUGGUUCAAAACUUUAUGAAUGUACAAGACAUCAGCCUCCCAGGACUCUCCACUCUGAACAAUACUGUCAACGUGGUCAACUCCAAAUCCCUAUUCGCAGAUAAAGUUGAAGGGGCCUGCAAGCAAUUCUUGUCUCAGAUCUCUCAAAAUACCAUAGACUGGAAGAAUUUGUGGCUGAACCCACUGGAAAUCAAAGAUAGUCUCGCCUCCGUCGCAAUUAGGCUGAUUAGCGAGCUAUCUGGACUUGGAACUUUGAUCUAUGGUUCGGACUUCCAUAGAUCUCUUCAACGCGUACUGCUUUGGAGACUCUCAAAUAAUUUGGAGUCCAAACUAGGAGUUCCAGAACCGUUUGAACCAACACCUCUCCAGUACUCUCUGAUGAAUUACCCCGUUAUCAUUGAUUUCAUUCCCUGGGCUUCUAUAAGAGAUCAAUUGAUCCUUUCUCGGCAUUCACUUGAUCUGGAUGUGAGUCACCUUACAGCUCAAGUUUCGAUCCCGCUCAAGCUAUGA